GACAGUGCGAAAUUUUUGAAAAUAAUUAAAUUAAAAAGGAAAUAAUGGACGUACAAAUCAAUGCUGCACUUAAUGGAAUUAAGAAUCUACGCGCUAGUGUAUCUAAUAUAUUUGAAACAGCAAUAACCGCUGAAGGAACCUUUUUACUAGAAGAAUCCAUUGCUUGUGUUACUCAGAACUUCAAGGAGACCGAGACAUGCAUAAACAAUUUAAAUGCUCCAUCAGUUCCAUUCACAUUGGGAAAUACUUCGUAUCUUAAUUAUGAAACUGAUUUGGAAAAGCAGAAUAUGUACAAUGAAUUGGUGAAUGGAUACAAGUGGUAUGAAAAGACUCAUCAGUAUUCAGCAAUUGCUAGCACUCUGUUACAGCACAAUUCUUUAAAACGAUCGUAUUUCUCAUCAUCCAACAAAAGAAGGAGACUACUUACAGGCGCACAUACAGUUCCUCCAAAACAUGUCGAUCAUCUCAUUAGCACAUUCAACGUUAAUAAUAUGCAGCUGAAAAUCUACAGACCAUUCGCAACAAACGCUUUUCUUCAUAUAAACUUGAGCCGUGUUUUGAAAGCAGCAAUAAUAUUGCGCGGUUUAAUGAUCGAAUGGGUCACUGUGAAAGGCUUUAACGAAUCUUUGGAUAAUGUAGAUGAUCAUUGGAGUGAAUCGAGAUAUGAGGUCUUUCGACGAGUACAAAAGGCUGCACAUUCUGCAAUGCUUCACUUCUAUUCACCAACAUUCGCAGAAUUAGCAAUAAGAAGUUUCAUAACAUGGUUUGGAAGUUAUAGUACUUUAUUCAGUGAACCGUGUAAAAUGUGUGGAAAACAUCUGUUAAAUGCACUUCCGCCAACCCAUCGAGAUGUUCGUUCAUUAGAUCCGACUCAUGAAGAAUGCAGGAAGUAGACAGCAUAAUUUAUUUUGUCCAACUAACUUUAGGGAUGUCAAAGUGCUCCGUUAGCUGAUCUAAUUUCUCAUUAAACUUUUCAACCUAUACAAACAAAAUGGGAAAUAUUAAUUAAAUU